AUGAUUACAUGGCAUAGCUGGUUUAACCAGGUGAUACCUGUUUCUGUCUGCAGUGAGAGCUGUUAUCCUGGUUAUAACAAAAAAGUGAAGGAGGGAGAGCCAUUUUGCUGUUAUGACUGCCUCCCAUGCCCAGUGGGGAGAGUUUCAACUGAGAAUGAUAGAAAUGAAUGUUCCAGAUGUGAAGACAAAUUCUAUCCAAACAAGAAACGUGAUUUUUGUAUUCCCAAAACUAUUACAUUCCUGACUUAUGGAGAACCAUUAGGGAUCACUUUAGCCUGUCUUGCUCUUGCUUUUUCUUUGUCUACUCUUCUUGUGCUUGGAGCAUUUAUGAGGCACCACAAUACUCCCAUCGUUAUAGCCAACAACCGGGACCUCUCCUAUACACUCCUCAUUGCUCUCCUGUUCUGCUUCCUUUCGGCACUGCUCUUCAUUGGCCAGCCAGGAAGAUUUACAUGCCUCCUCCGACAAACAACUUUUGGUGUGGUCUUCUCAGUGGCUGUUUCUUCAAUCUUGGCAAAGACCAUCACAGUGGUUCUGGCUUUUAUGGCCACCAAACCAGGAUCCAGAAUGAGAAAAUGGGUGGGGAAAAAAUUAACUAAUUCCAUUGUUGUUAGCUGUUCCCUGAUCCAAGCAGGAAUUUGUACUCUCUGGCUAUCAAUUAACCCUCCAUUUGCAGAUGUUGAUAUGUUUUCAAUUACUGAAGAAAUUAUCCUGCAGUGUAAUGAAGGCUCUGUGACCAUGUUUUAUUUUGUUCUUGGCUACAUGGGUUUCCUGGCUCUUAUCAGCUUCAUCACAGCUUUUCUUGCCAGGAAAUUACCUGACAGUUUCAAUGAAGCUAAGUUUAUCACCUUCAGCAUGUUGGUCUUUUGCAGUGUUUGGUUGUCCUUUAUCCCAGCAUACUUGAGCUCCAAGGGAAAAUACAUGGUGGCUGUGGAGAUCUUUUCUAUCUUAGCUUCAGGUGCUGGACUUUUGGGUUGCAUCUUUUCCCCCAAAUAUUAUAUCAUUGUGUUUCGGCCAGACCUGAACAACAAGGAGCAACUAAUGAGAAGAAAGGACUGA